AGGAGGCGGGGCCUGAGUGGCCUUCUCCUCCAAGAGUGCGGAAUUUGUUUUCUGUCACGUCGAGGGCAGGGGAAGUAAGAUGGCGCCGGCUGCGAGUGGAGACCGGGGACUGAAGAGCCUGGUGUGGCAGAAGCUGAAAACAGCAGUAUUUGAUGACUGUAGAAAGGAAGAAGAAUGGAAGAUAAUACUUCUAGAUGACUUCACCACAAAACUUCUAUCAUCAUGUGGUAAAAUGACUGAUUUACUAGCAGAAGGGAUAACUGUUGUUGAGAAUGUUUACAAAAAUCGUGAGCCUGUCCCUCAUAUGAAAGCCAUUUAUCUCAUCACACCUACAACAAAGUCUGUGGAUGGGCUUAUAAAUGACUUUGUCAGUAAAUCAUCUAGCAAAUACAAAGCAGCGUAUGUCUAUUUCACUGACUUCUGUGAUGAUAAACUUUUCAAUAAAAUGAAGUCAUCUUGUUCGAAGGCCAUACGACGGUGCAAAGAAAUAAAUAUAAACUUUUUCCCAUAUGAAUCACAGGUAUUUACUCUUGAUGUCCCAAAUGCAUUCUAUCGCUGUUACAGUCCCAUCACAGAGAAGACAAAUGACAAUGUAUUGGAGGAAAUAGCUGAGCAGAUUGUUACAUUGUGUGCUACUCUGGAAGAAAACCCAGGUGUAAGAUAUAGAAGCAAGCCUUUGGAAAAUGCUAGCAAACUUGCACAGCUAAUUGAGAAAAAGCUUGAAAACUACUAUAAGAUUGAUGAUCGAGGCCAAGUAAAGGGCAAAACCAACUCCCAACUGUUAAUAAUUGAUCGUGGCUUUGAUCCAGUGUCAACUGUGCUUCAUGAACUUACUUUUCAAGCGAUGGCCUAUGAUCUGCUACCAAUUGAAAAUGAUACAUACAAGUAUAAAACAGAUGGUGCAACUGGGAAGGAAAGGGAGGCAAUUCUAGAGGAAGAUGAUGAACUCUGGGUGAAAAUCCGACACAAGCAUAUUGCAGAUGUAUUGGAGGAAAUACCAAAACUUAUGAAAGACGUUUCUUCAAAAAGGAAAGCAACAGAAGGGAAGCUCUCUUUAAGUAGUCUGUCUCAGCUCAUGAAGAAAAUGCCUUACUUUCGCAAACAAAUUACUAAGCAAGUAGUGCAUCUUAAUAUAGCUGAAGAUUGCAUGAAUAAGUUUAAGAGUAAUGUAGAAAAGCUGUGCAAAGUUGAACAGGAUUUGGCUCUUGGAAUGGAUGCUGAGGGACAGAAAGUGAGAGACUCAAUGCAGGUCCUCCUUCCAGUACUGCUCAAUAAAAAUCAUGAUAGCUAUGAUAAGAUAAGAGCCAUCCUCCUUUAUAUCUUCAGCACAAAUGGAACUACUCAAGAGACCUUGGACAAGCUGAUCCAAAAAGUACAGAUAGAAAAUGAUAGCGACAUGAUCAAAAAUUGGAAGUACCUUGGUGUACCUAUUCUUGCCACAUCUACAACACAACAGCGCAAACCCCCAAGGAGAGACCGUUCUUCAGAAGAAACAUUUCAGCUUUCUAGAUGGACGCCCCUUAUUAAAGAUAUUAUGGAGGAUGCAAUAGAAAAUAAACUGGAUUCAAAGGAUUGGCCUUAUUGUUCUCAGUGCCCUGCACCCUGGAAUGGUUCAGGAGCAGUGAGUGCACGUCAUAAGCCCAAGACUAGUCACGUGGAUGAACGGAAGAGUGGAUCAAAGCUGAUUGUGUUUGUAAUUGGAGGAAUUACCUAUUCUGAGAUGCGCUGUGCAUAUGAAGCUUCUCAAGCCCACAAAUCUUGUGAAGUUAUUAUUGGCUCUACUCACAUUGUGACACCUAGAAGACUACUGGAUGACAUGAAAGCACUUACUGUAGCAAAAUCAAAGGACACUGUAUAUUUUAAGAAUGAAUAGAAAUUGUAGUGUUCUGAGAUUUUCAGUUGUUCCUGAAGAUACUAAGAAUGCUAAUGUAGAUCUUAAGGACACAGUCUAGCCCAAAUUAAGCAUGUUAAGUUCCAUUAAUUUCAGUGGAAGAAACAAAGGUAUCUAUAGAACUUUUUCAUUGAAAUCAAUGGGGCUUAAGAAUUUGGCCUGAACUAGAUUGUACCCUAUGUAUAUAUUUUAUAAAUCAGUGCUAUAUUUGGGACUGUUCUUUUUAUAAUUUGAAAUCUGCUGCUUUUCCUUGGGUUGGGGGGAAAGGGGAAGAUAAUCUAUAAGAGGACAGAUGUGUGUAAGAGUGUUUUAAUAUUAACGUAAUUGGUUAGAGAUAGCAUUUUGCUGUGAAAUGUUUGAUGUAGAGAAUGCUCACCCCUGCAACACUCUAGGCUAGGACUUGGGAUACAUGUUUGUACAUAUGCGAAUGCGUUUUCAAUAAUAGUGUGUCAACUUUCUAUCCUGGAAACAUGUUUAUUUCUAAAGAUGCUAUUAUAAAAGGGCCAUGAAAUAUUGAAGAGGGAAAGUUGUAAAUAUAAAUGUAUAGCACAGUUUCAUAGCUGCAGUACGUUGAGCUACAACUUAAUGCAACAUGUAAAAAGUCAUUGCAGUUGACUUGCAGUAAGGUGCAGAAUGUAAGGCAAAAAUUCCUGAGACACUGGAGACAAAAAUAUUAGCUAUGUGUUUGGAACUGCAUGGAUAUUUCUAUGGUAUUUGGGUCAGGUUAAUCAUGGCAGCAGUAAACAUUUUACCAUCAAUAAAGAACAUUGAAGAAUGA